AUGGACGCGUUUGAAAAGUUUCUAUUAAUAAGAGGUAUUCAAAGGGUACAAAUAAAUAAAAGACAAGAGUCAAAUGACGAUAAAAACAUAGACGACAAUAAUGAAAGCAACACGAACACUAAUACUACCAAUGAAUCCAAUAAUGAUCCUGCAACUACUACCACCAACAAUAAUACCAAUGCUACAGAUAACACAAACACCAACAAUACAUCUACGAAUAAUUCAACUCGACCUUCGGGUACAAGAAGAUCAGAAGUAAUUGUAUUAAAUGAUGAUGCUGAAAUUUUAAGCCAUACGAUAAAUGGAGUAUCAGUACAAAAUACGGAAAAUAGAACCAGCAGUGGACUAGUUUUUGGUCCAACUGAUCACAAUGGUCGACCAAUUUUUGGUCCAUUUAGUCACGAUGAUCAUCAUCCUUUUGCUAAUCCUAUUGAAGCUGACAGUGAUGAUUUAUUUAUUGAAGAAGAUGAAGAUGAUGAAUAUUAUGAUGAAGAUUUUGAAGAUGAUUUUUAUGCUAGUGAAGAUGAUAUGUAUGAUUAUCUAAUGAAUCAUUUCACUCAAAUAGUUCAGAAUUCAGAUGCAAACCUUCGUCAUCUUCCUAGUCAUCUUCCGAACCUUAGUGAUAUUCGACGGGUUUAUGGGGAAGAGGAGGAGGAUGAAGUGGAAAAUGAAGAAGAAGAAGAUGAUGAAGAAAUGGGUGAACGUUUAGAAGAUUUAUUUAAUGAAGAUGUUGAUGAAGAAUUUGAGGAAGCAGAUGCAGCACCAACGCGAAUAUUUGGAACAAUUGAAAUGACUGAUGAAAAUACUCAACAUAUUCGAGAUAUGGAAUUUUUAUCAUCUACUGAUGAAGAAAGAGGAAUAGUUAUAGAUGAAGAUGAUGAUUCAGAUCCUGAUGGAUUUUAUAAUAGUAGAAGAGAAAGCUUUACAACAAAUAAUACAUCUCAAAUUAAUGAAUAUGAAAAAAGACUAGAUAUAUCUUUUGAAGAUAAAAAUUAUAGAUAUUUUGAAAAACCAAUUAGUCAUAUUAAAUUAAACUUACCUUCAAAAUAUAAUGUAUCAAAUUUCAUUUUUAAUUCAAAACAAAAACCUCAUCGAGAAGUAGUAGUGAGAUAUCCAUCAGCAAAUAUAUAUCAAUUAUUGACUUACCCUCCUGCGGCAACUUUUCCUGAUAGUAUACAAAUGUUUUCAGUUGGUUCAUUAAAUCUUAAAAAUUUUGAAAAAUCAAAAAGAUAUAAAAAUAAUUUAUCAACAAAUAUUAUUUAUAGAAAUCAAAAUUUUCUUUUAUUAGGUACAAAUUCAAAAAUUUUAAUUUAUAAAUAUGAUCCAAUUACUAAUUUACCAUUUACUGAACCUUGUAUGGAAUUCAACACAAAACCAAGUUAUACAACAAAUGCUGAUAGAUUAACUUCAACUUGGCCAUAUUUUCCUCAUACAAUAAAUUAUAUAAAAUCAGGUGAAUUUAAUGGAAUACAAAUAGUAUGUGCUUGUAUAGAUGAUGGAUUUUUAUUGAUUUGGGAAGUUGAUACUUUAUUUCAAUAUAUUACAAAUGAUAAAAAAAUCGACAAAAAAAACAGUCCAAAUUUUGAUAAAAUAAUAAAACCAAAAUAUAAAAUUAAAUUCAGUGCUUCUUUAUGGGGAUUAGAUUUUAAAGACAAUAUAAUAGUUGCAUCAGAUAAUUCUCAAAGUUGUGUUUUAUUGUAUUAUCAUAAAAUUGAUGAAAAAUUUUAUCAUAUUAAAACUCAUCAAGUUUUACAUAAUAUUCCAGACGUAUCAAUCAUUAAUAUGGAAAAAGGAUUAGUUCAAGUUUCUUGUGCAUCGAUAUCUGGAGAAUUAGUGAUAUUUGAAUUUAAAUUCCAUCUAAUUGAUGGUCCCAUAUGUGUUGAGGAACUAGAAUAUAAUAAGAAAAAACAAUUAUAUUAUGUUGAUCCUAUAGUUGAAACUAUGGAAAAUCAAGAACAACCAAGAUCAUCGACAUUUUGUGAUUAUAAUCUUAAAAGAGUAAAAUUUCUAGAACCAAUAGUGAUAUCACGAACAGUUUUAGGAGAAGACUGCUGGACAGUCAAUAAAAUUAAUUCAAAAUGGUUUUUACCAGUAAAUUCUUUACAACAAGUAUUUGGCAAUUCACUGUUAGAUGAAUGGAAAGAAAAUAAUAGGAUCAUAAAUGAAAGUUUAGCUUUAGAUAACAAUCAUGAUAGUGAUGAAGAAAUUGAGGGGAAGAAAGAAAUAAAGAGUCAAAAUUAUAAUACAUUAACUAAUUUAGGUAGAGCAACUGAUUAUCAAUUUUUUGAAAGUAGAACAGUUGACUUGUCUGGUUUUAAAAAUAAAUCUGUUGAUAUUGCAAAAUUUACCAAUGUGAAUGAUGAGUAUAGAAGACUUCAUAAACAAUAUAUUUCAGAAUCUGACAAUGUAAUUGAGAAAAAUAGAGACUUAUUAGUGGUUUCAACCGGUAAAAAAUUAGGAUUGUUUAAUGUUCCUUCAUUAUAUUGUAAAUGUGCAACUAAAAGUAUUUUUAAUUACCAAGUUCCAGAUGUAGAUGAAAUUAGUCAUUCAAAUAGAUUAUCUAUAGUUGCAAUAAUACCGGAAAUUUCAUGUGUUUUAGCUGUAUCACAAUUAGGUUUAAUAUCGAUUAUGAGAUUAUGUACAUUUAAAGGGGUUUAUGGAAUGAGACAAGAAUUCGUUUUUCCAAAUGUCUCUAAAUUACUUUAUCCCGAAGGAUCACCAGGAGUUAGAACUAUUAUUGGAAUAACUACAAGAAAAAAAUUCCAAAAUGAAGAAAUAUACCUGUUGAAUGUCAUUUAUGAUGAUGGUUUAAUACUAGCAUACGAUUUACUAACAUUUGUACGUUCUUAA